AAAAAAAAAAAACCGGGAACUUUCAAUUAAAAGUUGAACUAAUUUGAUUUCAACACCUGGUUUAUUUAUUUUCGCCGUUCACUCUGUUCCCGCCGGCAAUGGCCGACGACACUCCCGAACACGAACCCGAUUCCUCACAACCUCUCACUCUCCACAAUCUAUCUUCAAUUCGUUCCCUUCUCAUAAACCCCUCCACCCCUAACACCACCCUCUCCCAAAUCCUCAAAACCCUAACCAAUUCCCAAAACCCCUCUCACCACACUCUCACUCUCCUCUCACACCCUUCCCUCUCUCAUCUCCAAACCACCACCACCGUCGAUUCCCUCGCCUCCAUUUCACAACUUCCUUCAUCCAAACCCUUUGUACUCGACGAUGAGCGCUUCGUCUCGUUAUGUUUCGGACCCUCCAUCUCGGGUCGGGUAUGGAUGUUACGGAAUGCGGGUUUAGGGUUUAAUGUUCGGCCUGCGUUGUUGUUUACGGUGUUGUUAGGGUUUACGAAUGAUCCGUAUCCUAACGUUAGAGCUGCUUCGUUGGAAGGACUUGUUCGUUUGAGUGAGUGUGGUGAGUUCAAUGAUGUUAGUAUGAUCAAUGGUUGUUAUCAACGUGGGGUUCAGCUUCUUAAUGAUAUGGAAGAUGAUGUUAGACUCGCCGCAGUUCGUGUUGUAACUUCAUGGGGUCUGAUGUUAUCAGCUUUUAAUGCAGACAUGAAGGCAUAUUGGGGCAAUGAUGUAUUUGCUAAGCUUUGUUCUAUGGCAAGAGAUAUGAGCAUGAAGGUUAGAGUUGAAGCCUUUAAUGGCCUUGCGAAGAUGGAAAUAGUAUCUAAGGAUUUUCUUUUGCAAAGCUUAUCAAAGAAAGUUUUAGGAAAUGGAAAGCAAAAGGAAACUUUGGAUCAGAGCACUUCUGAACAAUUUGCAAAGUUGGCAUCUAAUGUUGCCGGUGCUCUAGUUCAUGGACUCGAGGACGAGUUUUUUGAGGUGCGGAAGUCUGCAUGCCAGUCCUUACACAGACUGACAAUCCUCUCUGUUGAGUUUGCUCGUGAAACCUUAGACUUAUUAAUGGAUAUGUUGAAUGAUGAUUCAAUGGUGGUUCGAUUACAAACUUUAGAAACCAUGCAUCGUAUGGCAAUCAAUAGCUGUCUAAAGCUUCAGGAAAAGCACUUGCACAUGUUUCUUGGUGCUCUACUGGACAACAGUAGGGAAGUAAGAUGUGCUGAAAGGAAAAUACUUAAAAUUGUGAAGCUAAAUAAUCUGGCAAUGUUCAAAUCAUCUAUUGACAGACUUCUGGAAAAUUUAGACCGUUAUGCGCAGGAUGAAGCUGAUGUUUUUUCGGUUUGCUCUAAUCUUGGUCGAAAUCACAAGAAAUUCGUAUGCUCAAUCAUCAAGGAAACUUUUGAAGAGGUAGAAGCAUCUUUUGAUGGAAAUGUUGAAUUUAAGAGUGGGAGGAUAGCUGCACUCUUGAUCAUUUCAAUAUCUGCUCCUCUAUUUAAUGAAGAUGUAUGCAGUAUACCACCAGUAAUGUUUUCUUAUGCAGUUACAUUGUUGGGUAGAAUUUAUUGCGCUUUUAGUGAUAUCAUGGAUAGGGAUGCGCUUUUGGCAUACCUAUGUGAGAAAAGCAGACCUCCAAGUUAUUCUACCUCAAAUAUUAACCACGGGGAAGGGGAUCAACAAUUGCCUUUAAUUGAAGGCGAUACUCCAAAUUGUGCUAGCAAUGGGGUGAUUGAUUCCACAAUUGCAUCAGAAAUCAUGAAGGAACAAAAAGAGGUAGCCAACUAUCAGGUAGAACAACAUCAAUCAGAGGAUAGUGAAGUUACAACAGUUGUAAACUACAUCCUUGCAAAGUUCCCUGAUAUGUGGCAAAUGACAGAGACAGGUCUUACAAAUGAAGUUUUAAGGUGUUUGAAGGAUGAAUUAGCAACUCUUAAAUUUGACUCUUUGGGUUCUGAUGAUGCUUUGGCAUUUACAUUACUGUAUCUCCGGAUAAUAAAAUUACUUGUAGAAGUGUGGGAGCACUUGUCACUAGGAAAAGGUUCAUAUUCUCAUGGAAUGGGAGAAUUGGAAUUCAAACUACGAAAGCUUGAUAGGAGGGUUAAAGAGUUGAUGAGUAAGUUUGUAGGUUUUUCUGCAGAAGAAGAAUUGAAUAUCUUGGAGAUUAUAUUAGUGACUUAUGCCCUCAGGCUAUGUAAAGUUGAAACCAUUUGUGUCAAUCUUGCAUUCAAGAGGUUGACUUCUAUAUAUUCAUGCGUUGAAUCUAUCCUUAAAGAAAGGUCAGAUUCACCAACCAAUUUUGUGGUUGAACUUCGUAAGUUAUUACAUGAAUGUCAAACCACCUCCAUCAAUGGAGCUUCCUGCAGUCCACUUCAGUUUGAUAGAUGUCUCAAGCUAUUCUCUCUGAAGAAAUUUGUGUUUCAUGGAACAAUCAGACAAUUAAAGGCAGAACUGAGAAUUUCCAAUAACGACUCUCUACAUCCUUUUCCUUUUGUUUCAGGACUACCGGUUAGUAUACCAUGUGAAAUUACUCUCCAUAAUAUUAUAAGCAAGUGUAAGUUGUGGUUGAGGAUGAGUUUGGAUGAUGGUUUAGUACAAUAUAUCUUUCUUGAUUUGGACCAUUUAGUAGGCUCUGGAGAUGUAAGAAAUUUUGUUUUUGCGGCCCCAUUUUACAGAACACCAAAAGCUAAUUCUUUUACAUUGAAGGUUUGUAUUAGCUUAGAAUGUUUGUUUGAAAAUGUUUGUCCAGUCCAAAGGUAUGGAGGACCAAAAUAUGAACUAGUAUCUCUUUGUAAAGAAAAACAAGUUUAUUUUUCUGAUGUUAAUAAAGAUUAAUUUAUUAGCCUUGUUAGUGAAAA